CGCUGUGCGCACGCGCAGGGCCAGCGGCGGGAAACUGCGCGAAAGGCGGCAGCGCGUGCGAGCGCCGAGUCUUCGGCGGUGGCGCCGUGCGGUGGGGCUCCUUGUGGUUAAAAGUGCUGUGAGCUCCUUCAGCGGGGAUCCAAUUUGUGGGUAAGGGGCAGUCAUGAGUUCUGUCAUGGGUGUUUGUGUGGAUGAAGGCACGGACAACGGAAAAGCUGAGGAUGUUGUGGGCUGUCAUGUUGAAGAUGCCAUAACGUUUUGGGCACAGAACAUCAGUAGCUGUAAUGACCUCUUGAAAUUAAGUUGUGCUCUGGCAGAAGCUUGUCCUCGGGCUCAAGCAGCAUUUGGCAAGCUUGAUUUUAAUAAGAUUUAUGGUGGCUGUUUCUCUGAAGAUAGAUGUUGGUACAGAUGUAUGGUGCAGCGUAUGAUCAACAGUGAAAAGUGUCAGGUAUUAUACAUUGACUAUGGAAAUUCUGAGAUUAUAAAUAGAUCAGAAAUAGUUGAAAUUCCUGAAAGCUUGCAAUAUCCAAGUAUUGCCAAGAAGUACAGACUCUGGGGACUGCAGUUACCAGCUGAGCAGAACUUAAGCAUGUUUGACCAGGGGAAGACAUUCUUGGGUAGCCUCGUUUUUGAAAAAGCAAUAAAAGUACGGCAGAAGGCCAGGCAGAAGGAUGAUAUCAUUCUUGUCCAGGCAGAAUGUGAAAAAGUAGACAUUGGAGAAGAGGUGGCCAAGGCGGGGUUUGCUGAAAAGUGCAGAUCUCCGGGAAGCACUGAAGAUAUGGAAAAGAGAGAAGAUGCCGUGCAAAACCAGCGUAAGAAGAUGAAAGCUCCUGCUCCUCUGUGGGUGAACAGGCCUGGUCAUGUGCUGUGCAACCGUCCCACAGCAGUCUUGGACCCUGUAGCUGCCACUGCAAGGAAUCAGGCUUUUGCUGGAAACCGUGUGAUUCUUACAAAGGACAAAACACCAGCUUCUGCCCCAGUGCUUAACAGAAGUUUGGCGCGUGUAAGAGAUCAGAACCUGGCUGAAGAGAAUGACAUCUUUGAAGAGGAGAAAGAAACUCGAAGAAAGGAGAAUGUAAAUCUAUUGAGAAGACAGAAGGAACUAGAACUGGAAGUAGAGCAUCUGAAAGGUGAACUUCAGAUGAUUAAACAAGAGAAGGAAGAAUCCAGGAAAAGAGCUGAGUAUCUUGAGGAAACCCUGCAGAAGUACGUUGGAACAAAAAUGAAAGAUUUGGCUGCUAAGGUGAAGAUGUUGAAAGAAAUCAGGCGUGCAAAAAAGAAUGCUGGUUUUGGGGAGCAGCUUUCACAAGCCAUAAAACUGGUUACAGAAGGAAAUAUCACUGUUCCGUGUUCCUUGGAAAAAGUGCAGAAGCUUUGGACAGAGUAUGACUUGGCUCAGGAGAUGAUUCAGUUAUGCAAAAAUGGGGAUGAAAGAGAUGAGUUGAUUAUAAAAAGAAAUGAGGUGCAGCAAAGUUUGUAUUCUACAGUUAAGGAAUUUAUUUUGGAAGUGGAUCGACUGCUCAUCAGUGAGCGCUCGAACAUCUUACAGGAACUGUCUGUUUCUCUGGAGAUGGUUUAUGGUGAAGUUUGUGAAGGGAAUGAUUCUGAAGAGGUAUUUCAACAGUUCCUUAAGUGGAAGCAUGCUAAAAUAGAGGAGUUCAUUGAUAUUAGAAAUAAUACAGAUGCUGCUUUGCACAUUCUCACUGACUUGUUCAGUGGCAUCCUAAAGAGCUUUGACCUGAGCUCAGAGGCAUCUUCUGAUACAGAGGAAGUUCCCGGUAAUGUGGAUGAAGCUCUCAAAGAAGCUGAGUUGUGUGUUUCCAAAGAGCUGAAGACAGAUUUAACAGAGCAUGAUGAGAAAGAGAAAGGAAUAAUUAAGAGUGCGUACAGUAAAGUUAUGCAUAAAGUUCGUCAAGAGCAAAAUCUGAUCACAGUCAUACAAAAAACAUACCUGGCCAGUGUUGAGUUCAAAAAACAAGCUGAGAAAUGGCUGAAUAGACGACCUAAUUCUGACAAUUUACUAUCAAUUAAAAAAAACAUGAGAAGUUUGAAAGCCCAGUUAAGAUGGAAGUUGACUGAGAAGAACAACCUUGAGGAAGCUGAUGAUUACAGUGAGCUGGAAAUUACAAGAAUAAAAGAAGAAAUUGCUGCUCUGCGAAAUAAGCUUCUUCAGGAAAUACAUAAGGAACGAGAAGAAUAUGAGAAACUUGCGUAUUUGGUAGAGAAGUGGUUCCCUGAGCUGCCCCUUCUGUAUCCAGAAGCAGGAAUUCUAACAUAUAUGAAUUCAGGUGGGCUUCUGUCGCACAGCCUGGAGCGAGACCUUUUAGAUGCUGAGCCCAUGAAGAAACUGAGCACGAGGCGGCCGUUGGUGUGUUCAGAAAUUCAGGAUCAGAAGGUUCUUCUAAAGGGAUACUCUGUGGAUGUGAGCUCAGAAGCCAAAGUGAUAGAGAGAGUUGCCAAGUAUCGCAAAGCCUGGGAUCAGCAGAAGGAGAAAUCCAGUUUAUUACAACUAUUGUUUCUUCUUUUCUGCAAGGCAAGAUUCAAGCCUGUAAUGCUGGUGGUUUUUUGUUUAAGCUGGAAGACUUUCAAGUUGAACUUUGAGUCUGAUCCUCUUGUGUAUUUAAUGGUCCCAUACUACCCUGGAGCAAGUCUGACUGCUGUACAGGCUGAUGCACCUUUAACUUUAGAAGAGACAUUAAAAGUGAUGAAAGGAGUGGCCCAGGGUCUGCAAACAUUGCAUGAAGCUAACAUAGUACAUGGAUCUCUGCAUGGAAAUAAUGUUUUUGCUGUGAAUCGAAAGCAAGGAGUUGUUGGAGACUUUGACUUCACUAAAUCGGAGGAGCAACGUGCUGCUGCAGACACGAUGGUUGUUGGUACCCUGAGCUUGGUUUCUCCUGAACUGAAGAUGGGGCAGCCAGCUUCUCCAGCCUCUGACAUGUAUGCCUAUGGCUGCCUUCUGUUCUGGCUUUGCAUUCAAAACCAGGAAUUUGGCAUAAAAGAAGAUGGAACGCCUGAGGUGGAUGCAGUUGGCAUGGAUGAUAAAGUUAAAUCUCUUAUCCUGAAUUUGUUCCGCUGUGACAGACUGACAGCUGAGCAGGUGCUGAGGGAUGAUUGCUUCCUCUUAGUUGAUGCCAUUCCAGUUCCUUCACAGCUAGUUGAAGAGCAUGAGCCGCCUGAGGAACAUGAUUCUGAGAAGACAGAUGAAGAGGAAGAUGUAGUUAACUCCAAGAAGAAUGCAGUAAACCCUACCCAGUAGACAAGGAACUUGUCCAUCAGGUGUCUGACACUUGUUUUUGGUUCGAGAUCAGUUGUUGAUUUAAAAUCUCAAAAUAUAAAAGGUUUGGUAGGUGCAGUCAUGUUCUGUGAGGUUUAUAUAAUCAGUGUUUUCUUUCAAGUACAUAUCUGAGAGCUCAGAAAUAUGUAAUUUUUUCUUAAUUUGUUACCCUUUUCUUUUCCUGUUAUAUAGGCUUUGCACUUACGAAAUAUAGUUUGUUAAUGCCAGAAAUAUUUAAGAUUAAGGUCUAGUGACUUUUGUAUCCAGUUUUCUAUCCCUCUUCUUGCUGCAGUUUCAGAAUACAUGUUCCUGCUAGAGACACUCUAGGGUGUUACCUUUUCAGUUAAGAUUUUUGUUACUGCAGUCAAGGUAUUUCCUACUGUAAUUGUCUUCAAGAUUUAAGAACAGCUUCCACAAUUGGUCAGGAAAAUAGGAAGCAAGCUGCCUCUUUUAUCUUUCUGCACUAAAAGAUUUCUAAAUAGCAAACACUGUUUCAGUGGCUCUUUCACAGUGUUGCUGUGCUAAGUGGAAUACUGCACACACUUGUUGCAGUAAUCACUGCUUGUCUUUUCGACCGUGUGUAUCGUCUGCUCUUAGAUAUUGUUGACUGUAGGUUGGCAUAUUGAGUGUGUUUUCUUGCCUGCAGUGCUUUUCUGUUAGCAUUACCCCUGAAAGAGUUUUGUUAUCUAUUUAUUUUAAUAGGAAACUGUUGCUUAUCUAUAGUUCACCUUUCUUGAGAGGGAGAAAGGUUAAUGUUCAGAGUUUCUGUAGCAAUAUAUUUAGCCUCUGGGUGUUGCUCUUGGACAGUGCUGUUGGCAGACUAGUAUUUUGCAGAGGAAUUAUUGAAGAUGCAUGUUGUCAGAUGAAGAAUGUGAAAAAUUGGUGUGUAAUGGGCAAGGUGCAGCAGCAGGGAAACCAGGAAGCCCUCGGGUACAAUAACAGUCAACAGCAGAAUAUAUCAUUCUGGCACUUCCUUCUGUGAUAACAGGCUAGCUUGCCUAUGUCACUGUUCUUUACUUAAAGUAGCAUGUAAAAUGCCUGGUCCUAUUUUCAUUGAACUGUAAUGAUUUUUGAUUUCUAGUGUGUAUGUAAUUAAUGUUAUUAAAACACUUGUUAAAAUAGUUUGGACUUCUUGGUUAGUGUGAUUAAUGUAUUUCUGUUAUUGAAAUCUCAGAAGACGAAUUCCUUCCUUUUUGUUGAUGAAAACAACAACUGUGAGCAGUUCUGUGGGAUGCUUUCCAAAUGCUGAUUGAAGCCUUUUGCUGUUGAUAACCUUUAAUAUUAAACAGUGAACAAGUUUGUAACUGUAACCUGAUGUUCUGUCAUUUAAUAAACUUUUGCCCUGUUUUCUGCA